UUCUGGGCUUUUCUGUUCUGUGAAGUGUUUACUCGGGUAUCUGAGGUAGUGAUAUCCUGGUAUGAUAUCAUUCCUCACUGAACAGCUGAAGGAGAUUUAACUCAAAGGGAUCAGUAUUCUGUACCCAGAUGGGACUGCAUCAUUCUUGUCCUCAACCACUUCCUGGAGACAUCCUUGAGUUUCCUAGGUCAAAGCAUUUUUCCCACUUUGGCAUUUAUUAUGGCGAGAGAGACGGAGUUCCCUAUGUGGCACACUUAACAGCCCGUGAUUCGGAUUCCAAGAUCGUUCUCUUUGGCAGGGCACUGAAAUCCACAGUGAAAAUUGACCCUGUUGAUGUUGUGGGUAAAAAAUACAAAAUCAGUAAUUACCUGGACGGCAAGCAACCGCACCGGGACUUCCACACUCUUAUUAAACCCGAGAUUGAUGAGGCCGUGGGGAAAUACGUCACCUAUGACAUCCUCUUUCAUAACUGCGAGCACCAAGCAACACUGUUCCGCUACGGGUUAAAGAAAUCAGUCCAGAUUGAAAGUAUCUACGGAAAGAUAUACCCUACCUGGGAACAACUCUUUGAGAAGAAACUUUUAUAGAAGAAGGAAAGGAAUGUUUGCAAUUGUUGCAUUUAAAUAGUGUGACGAUAUACGCCCCCCCCCCCCCCCGAUUUAACAUGACAAAUCUGCAGUGUUUAACCCUAACCCUAACCCUAACCCUACCCCCUACACACCCCCAAUUCAACAUGACAAAACUGCAGUGUUUAACCCUAACCCUAACCCUACCCCCUACACACCCCCAGUUCAACAUGACAAAACUGCAGUGUUUAACCCUAACCCUAACCCUACCCCCACAGCCCCCCAAUUCAACAUGACAAAACUGCAGUGUUUAACCCUAACCCUAACCCUACCCCCCACACCCCCCUGAUUCAACAUGACAAAUUUGCAGUUUAACCCUAACCCCCCGAUUUAACAUGACAAAUCUGCAGUGUUUAACCCUAACUCUAACCCUACCCCCACACCCCCAAUUCAACAUGACAAAUCUGCAGUGUUUAACCCUAACCCUAACCCUACCCCCACACCCCCCCAAUUCAACAUGACAAAUUUGCAGUUUAACCCUAACCCCCCAAUUCAACAUGACAAAUCUGCAGUGUUUAACCCUAACCCUAACCCUACCCCCCACACCCCCCUGAUUCAACAUGACAAAUUUGCAGUUUAACCCUAACUCUAACCCCCCACCCCCGAUUCAAAUCUGCACAGUGUUUAGCACGGGAGUCUGUUCUCCUAGAAUAGCCUGUCAGCAUCAAUCCUUAUGUUAAUGAAACAUUAUUUGUGUAGUCAUUGAUUCAGAAAGACUUGUCAGCCAAGCACCUGCUAUCAACUUCAAAGUUUGUCAGAUCUUGUGCCUUACCCAGACUGUUCCUUACUAUCAGUAACCCUCAUUUUUUCCCUUGCUAGAUAAAAAUCUUGACUCCAUCUUGGAUUUAAUAUAUAUGUUUUUUAAUAUAUUUGUUUGCUUGUUUGAUUUUUCUAUAUAAAAAUGUGUUUGUCUUUGUUGUUACUAAAACAAUAUGUUUAAAAUUGCUUGAGUUCUGAUCUAAGAUGAAAAAUUUGGGUGUGAUUUUUGAUCCUGGGUUAACUUUUGAAUCGCGUGUUCUGAAUACUGUCAAGGUUUCUUUUUUUCACCUUAGAAAUAUUGACAGACAGCGUCCAAUGCUUUCUCUACCUGCAGCUGAAAAACUGGUUCAUGCUUUUGUUUUCUCCAGGAUCGAUUACUGUAACGUCCUGCUCGCUGGGGUGUCUAAUAGCAUCCUCACUAAAAUUCAAUUUAUCCAAAACUCUGCAGCCAGAAUUUUGUCUCGGUCCCGCUCAAGAGAUCACAUCACUCCUGUCCUGGAGGCCUUGCACUGGCUGCCUAUCAGGUUCAGAAUUGAUUUUAAAAUUUUAAUGCUGACAUAUAAGGCUCUUCAUGGUCUAGCUCCGACUUAUCUGUCAGAUCUUUUAUCUUUUUACACUCACUCGCAACCUCCGCUCUGCUGAUCUCAGACUGCUGUGUGUCCCGCCUGUUCGUCUGCGCUCUAUGGGCGACAGGGCCUUCUGUUGUUAUGCCCCCAAAUUAUGGAACUCAAUUCCACUAGAGAUCAGGGACUCAGCCUCUUUGAGUGUUUUAAAGCUAAUUUAAAGACUUACUUUUUUAGAAAGGCGUUUUUAUGAUUUUUAUGAUGUUUUAUUUCCUUGUUCUUUUUUAUGUAUAAUCUGUUUAUUUUAUUUCUGUACUAUUAAUUGUGAAGCGCUCUGAGAUGAUUGCUUUUAAGGGUGCUAUACAAAAUAAAGUUUAUUAUUAUUAUUAUUAUUAUGUAAAAUGAGAGGUGCUGCAGCAGCAUGCACACCAGUGUGUAGAAUACAUUAUAAAACAGUGGAAUUGACUGAUCCUGCGGGUAGGUGAGCCCACUUAAACUUUUUUUUUCCACAUCUCAACCUCUAAUUACCUGCCUGAUUCUUUCUCAAAGUGCUAGCUCCACAUACAAGACUGUUAAAUGGCAAUGCUAAUGUGUAUCUAUUUGUAUAUGUUUUUAUUUGUUUUUAUUUUCAUAGUUUUAUAGAUAAAAUAAAGGUACUUUGAUUUGACAUUCA